AUCAAACGCUUCUCUUCAUCUUGUUCCCAAAUCCCAAUAGCUUCAUCACAUUCAUUUCAUUCACUCACUCACCGACUUACUUUCUGUAACAACAACUCACAUUGCUACUAAUUUCAAUUUCUCACACUCUUCUUCUUUCUUUCUUUCUUUCUUUCUUUUUGUGCCCUAAUUCCCAAAUCUCCAAAUUUCUUUGUUUUUUUGUUUGUUCAAUUGCCCAUCUUUAUUUUCAAUCAUUUGGGUGUUCAUUUUCAUUGAAAAUUUCAAAGCUUUUUACCCUUAAUUGCAAAAUUCAGAAACUUUUUUCAUUUUCAUUAGGGUUCGUGGUUCCUCACUGCAAUUCGUCGACCUUCCUGGCUGAAUUUUGUGCCAAUUAGGGUUCUUACAUGAGUCCUCCAGCUGCACCUGACAUGGAACUUGUCAACCCUCCGGUUGCUCCUGUCGAUAAUGGCGACCAAGCUGACUCUCGCUUCGCCGACUUUUGCAAGAAUGGGCUAGCAUUGGAUGAGAAAAGUUGUAAAGAAGCAAUCAAUCUGUUCGGAGAAACCGAACAUAUUCUACUAACAUAUGUUUCAUCAAUGGGAAAUGGAAUGUCUGAAGAUGCUGAGCGAUACUGGUUCGCUUUUAUUUUAUACUCUGUCAAGAGAUUGACUACAAAAAAUGAGGAGAGUGGGGAGGAAGAGACUGAGAACACUGGGCUGACCUUUUGUCGUAUAUUGAGAGCAGCUAAGCUUAGCAUUGCAGAUUUUUUUAAAGAGCUUCCUCAGUUUGUUGUUAAGGCUGGUCCAAUUUUAAGUAAUUUAUAUGGCAAAGAUUGGGAAAACAGACUUCAGGCAAAGGAGAUGCAUGCCAAUGCUAUUCAUUUGACGAUUCUUAGCAAGUACUACAAACGUAUAUUUGCAGAGUUCUUUGUUGCUUCUGAUGCAAAUAUUGAAAAGAACUCAUCUGUUACUGUUCAUGCAUCUGAUUAUCAUCGCUUUGGAUGGUUACUUUUCUUGGCACUUCGUGUACACGCUUUCAGCCGUUUCAAAGACUUGGUGACUUGCACCAACGGUUUAAUUUCCAUAUUGGCUAUCUUAAUUAUUCAUGUUCCUGCUCGUUUUCGGAAUUUCAACAUCAGUGACUCUUCACGCUUUGUUAAGAAAAGUAGCAAAGGCGUGGACCUCCUCGCUUCACUUUGCAACAUCUAUAACACUUCAGAAGAUGAGAUGAGGAAGACCAUGGUGAAAGCGAAUACUUUAAUAGCAGAUAUAUUGAAGAAGAAGCCCUGUUUGGCAUCUGAAUGCCAAACUGAUAACCUAGAGAAUUUUGAUAGAGAUAGCUUGACCUAUUUCAAAGAUCUGAUGGAGGAAUCAUCUCUGCCAUCUAGUUUAAACAUCUUAGAAAAAGAUUAUGAUGACAUGAUUCGUAACAAGGGUGAACUAGAUGAGAGGUUAUUCAUAAAUGAGGAUGACAGCCUGCUAGCUUCAGGAAGUUUGUCUGGUGGCUCUGUUUCAGCUAGUGGUCUAAAGAGGAAAUUUGAUUCGAUAGCAUCACCUGCUAAGGCUGUUAUAAGUCCGCUCUCACCCCACCGCUCUCCUGCAUCCCAUGCUAAUGGCGUCACAGGUAGUACAAAUUCAAAGAUGGCAGCCGCCACCCCUGUAAGCACGGCAAUGACUACUGCAAAGUGGCUUCGGACUGUUGUUUGUCCACUUGCCUCAAAGCCCUCACAAGAGCUAGAGCGAUUCUUGACAUCAUGUGACAAGGAUAUUACUAAUGAUGUGGUGUGCAGAGCACUGAUUAUAUUGCAGACUAUUUUUCCUAGUAGUCCUCUUGGUGAACGAUGUGUAACUGGAAGCCUGCAAAGUGCAAAUAUCAUGGACAAUAUAUGGGCGGAACAGCGAAGAUUAGAAGCACUGAAGUUUUACUAUAGGGUAUUGGAAGCAAUGUGCAGAGCAGAAGCCCAAACACUACAUGCAACUAAUUUAACUUCUCUUCUAACUAAUGAGAGGUUUCAUAGGUGUAUGCUUGCAUGUUCUGCAGAAUUGGUCCUGGCAACUCACAAGACUGUAACAAUGCUGUUCCCUGCAGUACUGGAGAGGACUGGGAUUACAGCUUUUGAUCUGAGCAAGGUGAUUGAAAGUUUCAUUAGACAUGAAGAAUCGCUCCCAAGAGAAUUGAGGCGACAUCUGAACUCAUUGGAAGAACGACUUUUGGAGAGCAUGGUAUGGCAAAAGGGUUCUUCAAUGUAUAAUUCUUUGGCAGUUGCUAGACCUGCCCUUUCUGCAGAAAUCAAUCGUCUUGGAAUGUUAGCUGAACCAAUGCCAUCAUUGGAUGAGAUUGCAAUGCAGAUUAACUUCUCUUACGGAGGGCUUCCUCCUGUGCCUUCCUUGCCUAAGCUUGAGACUUCACCAAUUCAAAUUGGGGAUACCAGAUCACCAAAGCGUCUCUGUACAGAACAUCGAAAUGUGUUUGUGGAACGGAAUUCUUUCGCUUCACCAGUGAAAGAUCGGCUUCUUCCCUUCAGCAACCCUAUGUCAAAGCUACCCCCACCUCCUUUGCAGUCAGCAUUUGCCAGUCCAACAAAACCAAACCCAGGAGGUGGAGGGGAAACAUGUGCAGAAACUGGGAUCAACAUCUUUUUUGGCAAGAUCAUUAAGUUGGGAGCAGUCAGAAUAAGUGGCAUGGUUGAAAGACUACAAUUAUCCCAGCAGAUAAGGGAGAAUGUAUACUGUCUUUUCCAGCGAAUCCUAAAUCAACGGACAUCUCUUUUCUUCAACCGCCAUAUUGACCAAAUCAUUCUGUGUUGCUUCUACGGAGUUGCAAAGAUUUCACAACUCAGCCUAACCUUUAGGGAGAUCAUACAGGGCUACAGAAAGCAACCACAUUGCAAACACCAAGUUUUUCGUAGUGUAUUUGUUGAUUGGUCAUCAGCACGUCGUAAUGGAGCUAGUAAACAGAGAACAGGACAGGAUCAUGUCGACAUCAUUACAUUUUACAAUCAAAUAUUCAUUCCCUCUGUAAAGCCACUGCUGGUUGAACUUGGCCCUGGUGGAGCAACCAUGAAAAGUGACCAAAUGCAUGAAGUUAAUAAUAAAAAUGACGCUCAAUGUCCUGGGUCUCCUAAAAUAUCACCUUUCCCAAGCCUCCCUGAUAUGUCCCCAAAAAAAGUGUCUGCCGCACACAAUGUUUAUGUCUCUCCCUUACGAUCGUCGAAGAUGGAUGCUCUAAUAUCACAUAGCUCGAAAAGCUAUUAUGCAUGUGUUGGGGAGAGCACUCAUGCAUAUCAGAGCCCUUCAAAAGACCUGACUGCAAUCAAUAACCAUUUGAAUGGCAACCGCAAGGUCCGAGGUGCCCUCAAUUUCGAUGAUGCAGCAGAUGUGGGUUUGGUUAGUGACUCCAUGGUUGCAAACAGCCUCAAUCUGCAGAAUGGAAGUUCUGCAUCAUCUACAUUGAAGUCUGAGCAACCUGACUCUUAAAUUUAAACAAUGUUUGUGUAUAUUCUUCUGCAAUGUUGUGUAUAUUAUUCUACUUCUGAAACUCAUGUUCAUGCUAAAUUAUGAUAGGGGGCAUUGUAUGAGCGGUGAGAUUGUAGAAUGCCGCCACUGCCCGUGUACUUUUGUUUAUGCUAGGUAUUUAUUUAGCGCAAAAAUCUAGGCAUCUAAUUCGCUAAUCAAUAAAAGCUCGACUUCAACCCAA